CCAUAUUCAGAGGCAGUCAGUCUGAAUGCCAGUACCAGGAGGCAAUAUUGAGAGAAGGCCUCAGCAUCUAUGCAUUGUUGUGCUACUCUGUAGUAACUGGCUGGUCUUUGUGUGAGAGAGGAAGCUAGAGUAGAUGGACCAAUGAUCUGAUCCAACCAGGCUCUUCUGAUGUCCUAAAAUGUCUGCCUUUUGUGCUAGGGAAGUAAACAAUGUGCAACCUAGAACCUCCCGCUUUGGUUUUGAACUGCAAUACUGAAAGUCACAGGUUGGUUCACUCGACUUGGGCAUUCCCUCCUUGAGAGCCAUGGCUCAGUGGAAGAUCUUCUGCUUGACAUGCAGAUGGUCCCAGGUUUGAUCCCCAGCAUCUCCAUUAAGGAUCAGGUUGUCAUGUGAAAGAGCCUGAAACUUCAGAGAGUUGCUGCUGAUCAUCUGUUCGUGUGUUCUAGUUGGAUCAAGAAAGAAUAUGUCGACAGUGGGAGGGGACUGUUGGGCCCUUCUGGAAGCUGCUCUGGAGCAGGGAUUGAAGACAGAAGAGAAAGAAUCCACUUGCCCUGGAGAAGCCCAACUGCCUGAUGACACCCAAGAUGGAAGAAGUGGGGGAUUCUGGGAAAGAAGCAUGCGGACAUUUCCAGGAGAGGAGGCAGUCAGCUCUGACACACAGCGCCUGCACUUCCGGCAGUUCCGCUAUCAGGAAAUGGAAGGGCCCCGUGAGGUUUGCAACCAGCUACAUUCUCUUUGCUGUCUGUGGCUGAAGCCAGAACAAUACACAAAAAAACAAAUCCUGGACCUGGUGAUCCUGGAGCAGUUCCUGGCUGUCCUGCCCUCAGAGAUCUAUAGCUGGGUCCAAGAAAGCCGUCCAGAAACCUGUUCUCAGGCAGUGGCCCUGGCAGAAGGUUUCAUCCUGAAGCAGGCAGAGGGGAAAAAGCAGGAAGAGCAGGGCCUCUCAUCAGAUGUGACCGCUUGUCAUUCCAUCAGAUGCCAGCCAGAGAGCAUUCCAUCAGAUGCCAGCCAGAGUCUGCCAUUGAGGUGGGUCGUGCAGGAGGGUGCCCGAGACGCUGUUGUCUCACUGGGUGACAGAUUGAGACCAGCUUUAAGCGCUGAAUGUCCUACCCUUUGUGAUGGAGUUGAAACAGCUUUGGUGCAGCCAUAUCAGGAUCCCGUCUCAUUUGAGGAGGUGGUGGUAUGCUUCACCAAGGAGGAGUGGGCACUGCUGGAUCCGGGCCAACGGGCUCUGCACAGGGAAAUCAUGGUGGAGAAUUAUGGGACCAUGGCUUCUCUAGGAGAGGGAGGCAAGAGAAAGAGGAAAAACGAAUCCCCCAGAAACUCAGGGGUAAGAAUCAGCAGCAGAGGAGGGGAAGAGAAGAGCAUGGAGACAGAAAUAGAGAAGACAAAUGCAUCUUCCACUCCUCUGAGCAGCAUCUCCCAUGAAAUCUUAGCCCAAGACACAUCUGAGAAAGAAGAGGAAAGGAGCAAAUGUCUUCUGUGUGGUGAAUGCUUCAGCUGCAAGGCAGAUCUUCAUGCUCACUGGAGGACCCAUACAGAGGAAAAGCUGUUCAAAUGCUUAGAGUGUGGGAAAGGUUUCAGCCAGAGGGAAAAACUAAUCAGACAUCAAGGGAUCCACACUGGGGAGAAGCCCUACACUUGCCUAGAGUGUGGGAAAAGCUUCAGCCGGAGAGAUAAACUGAUCAGGCACCAAGGGAUCCACACAGGGGACAAGCCAUACAAAUGCUUGCAGUGUGGGAAGAGUUUCAGAGACCGGACAGAUCUCACAUCGCAUCUGAGAAUCCACACAGGGGACAAGCCAUAUAAAUGCCCUGAGUGUGGAAAGAGCUUUAGCCAGAGUUCAUACCUGGCCUCCCAUCGAACCAUCCACACUGGGGAGAAACCACACAAAUGCCUGGAGUGCGGGAAAAGUUUCCUAUGGAACCACAGGCUUCUAUCCCACCAGAGAAUCCACACAGGUGAGAAGCCAUAUCAGUGUUCCAUCUGUGGGAUGAGUUUCAGUCAGAAGGUGUACAGUACUGCACAUGAAAUGAUGCACAUGGGGAAAAACCCCUAUGAAUGCUUUGAGUGUGGCAAGAACUUCACCCGUAGCACAACCCUGACGACGCAUCAGAGAAUCCACACCGGGGAGAAACCCUUUAAAUGUUCCGAAUGUGGGAAGGGUUUCAUUAAGAAUUCUGCACUGACACGACAUAAGAGAGUCCACACAGGGAAAAAACCAUACAAAUGUCCAGACUUUGGUGUGCGGUUUUCAGAUAGUUCGGCUCUUAUGAAGCAUCCACAAGUUCUCACAGGGGAAGAAUUGUGGGCAGGACGUGGGAGAGAAGCUGACAACUCAUCUUUGGUGGCUGCAAACCUGAACAGUUGGGAUAAAGAUCUUGGCAAGGAUUCCAUUAAAUCAGACACUCUGCCUGCCAAACAAAAUAUGGCCAAAGGAAAAAAAUAUUUGGGAGCUCUUUGGGGGGCUUCCUUGGAGGAAACUAUAAAAAAGGAAGACUUGGCAGAGCCUGAAGCCUGCAAAGACCGCAAUGGCCUUUGGGUGGGGAGCAGUGGGGAUUUCUGGGAAGGAACCCUGCUGAAAAUCCAAGCUGAAGAAGUCCCCAGCCCAGAUCUACAGUACCAGCAAUUCAGACACCUCCCUUACCAGGAGGCCAAGGGGCCACGAGAGGUUUGCAGCCAACUCUACUAUCUUUGUGAUCAAUGGCUGAAGCCAGAAAGGCACACCAAGAAAGAGAUGCUGGACUUGGUGAUCCUGGAGCAGUUCCUGGCCAUCCUGCCCCCAGAGAUGAAGAACUGGGUCCGGGAAUGUAGGCCAGAGACCAGUUCCCAGGCGGUGGCCCUGGCAGAAGGCUUCCUCCUGAGCCAGGCAGAAAAUACGUACUUGGAAGAGCAGGUACAGGAGGUUCCUUUGGACACUGAAAAGAACCUGCCUUCUAGGGGGAUUGUAGCGAAGCAUGACCAAGAUGCCACCUCAUUGGACAAUGGAAUAGCAUCAACGAUAAGGUCCAAAUUUUCUCCUGUUCCGUAUAUGGAGGAAACAGCUUCUGGCCAAUUAGAUCUGAGUCUGGUGUCCUUCAAGGAGGUGGUGGUAUGCUUCACCGAGGAGGAGUGGGAACUGCUGAAUCGAGGCCAAAGGGCCUUGUAUGGGGAAGUGAUGGAGGAGAAUUAUGAGAUGGUGGCCUCUCUGGGUGUGGGUUGGAGGAGGGAGAAUGAAGGAGACGCAUUUACAGUUGGCCAAUCUGAAGAGGAGGAAGAACAGAAACAAGAAAACAGUGAAAGGAGCUGGAACAAAUCUUCUGCUUCUCAGGGUGGUGAGAUCCACUUAGCCCUAAUUCAAGAGCAAGUAGACAUAGCAAAGGGACAGAUCCAGUGUCCUGUGUGUGGAAAAUGCUUCAACAUUCAAUCCAAAUUUAAUAACCACUGGACAGUCCACACCGGGGAAAAGCCAUUCAAAUGCUCAGAGUGCGGGAAGAGCUUCCGUCAGAGAAACAAACUGACUACGCAUCAGCGAAUCCACACAGGGGAGAAACCAUAUCUGUGCAUGCAAUGUGGGAAGAGCUUCAGUUGCAACACACACCUUACACUACACAAAAGGAUUCACACAGGGGAAAAACCAUAUAAAUGCCCACAGUGUGGAAAAAGCUUCAGUGUUCGUUCAAACCUUCGACGACAUCAGAGAAUCCACACUGGGGAGAAACCAUAUGAAUGUCCUGAGUGCAGCAGGGGUUUUGUGAAUAAUGCCGACCUUACAAGGCACCAAAGGAUCCACACAGGAGAGAGGCCUUUUAAAUGCGCUGAGUGUGGGAAACGUUUCAAUCAGAGGGAUGAACUGACCAUACAUCAAAGAAUUCACACAGGGGAGAAACCUUUCGUUUGCUCAGUGUGUGGAAAGAAGUUCCGUGGGAAGAGUUCACUUUCCAAACAUCAGCAGAUUCACACGGGGGAGAAGCCCUUCAGAUGCUCUGAAUGUGGAAAGAGCUUCCUUAAUAACAGAGGCCUUACGAGGCAUCAGAGAAUUCACACUGGGGAGAAGCCCUUUACGUGUUUGGAGUGCAAUAAGAGCUUUUCUGAAAACUCAACCUUAAAGAAACACUUGAGAAUCCACAGUGGGGAGAAACCUUUCACAUGUUCAGAGUGUAGCAAGGGUUUUUGUGAAAACUCAGCCUUGAACAAACAUUUAAGGAUUCAUGCAGAGGAGAAGGCAUAUGAGGGAUUGUGAUACGGGAAGUCGUUCAGAGUUCAGUACGUUUUGAAGAGGUGUACACAUAUUUCACCAAGGAAGAAUGGACUCUCCUGGCACUGUAUGUGAAAUCAUGCUGGAAAAUUUGUCAUUCAUAAGAACUUAGUAUUGCAUCUUUUCACUGGUCACUCAACUGGUGGUGGGGUUGAGUGGGAAAGAGCAACCACCUAUAAGAAUCCACGGGUGGCACAGACUGGCAUAUUUUGGUGAUGAAAAUGCCUGCACUUCCAGUGAAAGCAGACAAGGAAGCUCAUCCUACUGAUUUCUUUGAUGGCAUGGCUGCUUUUCCUGGAAUACUGAGCUCUCCAACAUGGCUGAUCUCAUAUUAAGGAAAUACCUUUCAAAUUACAAUGUAGACCAUUCCGGUGUAGUCCUGAUCUUUGUAUAUCGGCUUCUGUGCAUUCACAUAUAUGUAUUACUAUUUCUUUGAUUUGGUCUCAGAUGGGAAGAGUACAGGGUUUCAACUUAGUUAUUUCUUGUUCAAUGCUUCAUUAUUUUCCCACUUUAAAAUAAAUUACAACAUUUAACUGAAGUACAUCUAGACUAUUAAAAUUAAAUACACACACCAAAUACUGGGAUAAAUAAAACUGUUUAUACCAGAAGUCUAAAACUGAACUGGGGAAGAUGCUAAGCGGACAGCUGAAGGCAGGGAGUUCCACAAAGGAGGCGCCACUGCAGAAAAUGCCCUGUGGUCACUUGCUUCAUCAAGGUACAAGGGCACCCAGUGAACUUUAGGUCAAUGAGGAUUUGAACCUGGGUCUCCCCAGUUCUAUUCAAGCACAUUAAUGACCACACCACACUCACAAUCAAGGAAGUAUUUUUAGGGAUAUGUGAGGGGCUGUGGCUUAGUGGUACAGCAUCUGGUUGUGAUGCAGAUCCCAAAUUCAAUCCCUGGUAUCUCCAGUUAAAGGUGACCAGGAAGUAGGUGGUGUGAAAGACCUUUGCCUGAGACUCUGCAAGUCUGAGUAGAGAGUACUGACUUCAGUGGACCAAUGGUCUGAUUAAGGCAGCUGAUUCAGUAUAAUGGCUGAUUCAGCAUAAGGCAGCUUCAUGAUGCGUAGAUGAGAGAUAAAAUAAUGGUACUUACCAAAUAAAUGCAUUAUUUGCCAUAUAUACUCUUCAGGGUCAGGAAAAGGGCAGACAAGAACACGUUCUGAAAUUUGUCUAGUUUGAAUCAACAGUCCAAAUGACACCCUUACAUUUUUUGCCUGUUUGCAAGCAGGCUAGGCCUUGAUUUAAUACAGAGUCCAACUUGGGUAGAAUAUUUUGACGGGUUUCUCAGUAGUAAUUCUAAAAUAGGGAUCCAGCAAUAACUUUUUGACAUGGUCAUACCACUGUGAGCUCACAUAACAGGGCGUGAUUCUAGUCUAGUAGCACCUUAAAGACCAACAGGUAUGAGCUUACAAGAGUCAAAGCUCUCUUCAUCUGUAAAUCUUGUUGGCCUUUUAAAAUGCUACUUGCUUCAAACUUUGCUCUUCUAGUGCAGACCAAAACAGUUACCUAUCUGAAAGUAACCAGAUGUGAACUUUAAUGUUCUGUAGUGGCUGAUGACCACAGUGCUUGGCAGGUAUCAGUCUGCCCACUGGACAAAAACCUAAUCACUCUGAGCUGUGACUUGCCCCUAGCAUAGAAGAGAAUUCAUACAGACAGCAGGAGAUUGUCAGCACUGAGACCAGGACAAGUGGAGAACUUUGUCACCUUGUAAUGAAGGAAAGUAGUAGAUAUGUUCCACAUUCCAUCCAGUUAGUGAAUGCACGGAAGAAGAAUUUCCAAAGCUCCCAAUGCUGAUCUGGUCCAGUCACCAACAAUGAGAAACAGCAAAGAGAAAUCCUUUAUCGUAGCUUUGUGUUUUGAGUUUUUGGGAACAUUCAAGAUAAAUGAGACAUGAGCUUGCAGAAAAUGUGGCACUGUUCUUAGAUAUGUGACAUUAAAGGCGACCCUAAUACAGAGUUUGAAGCAAGUCACUAAACAUUAUACAAAAAUUCCAUUAGCUUACAGGAUAACCCCCCUGCCCAAGAUGGAAAGGGAAAAUUAGACACACAAUUCUAGAUCUAUGUAUUAGGCACAUGACUCGCUGAUUGAAAAUAUCUGAAGUGUUCCUCAAUGCUUGAUACCUGAUAGAGGUAUCUGCUGCAUUUGCAAGGCAGAGAAUUGCAUGUUUUCAUCAUGUGUAAAGGACAAUUUCACGCCUCUGUAAGCCAACUAUUAUUUACACUGGAGAAUACAGGACACCUUUGAGCCAAGCAAAGUAAACACAUUUGUUUGAAAAUGGCAUACACAAUCUACCCAAUUCUAAAUCAAAGCACAAAAUAUGGUUCCAAAACCUUAAGAAAUGUCCCAGCAGUUGUCUAUCAAUAGCUAAUAGCAGGGAAAGCAAGGUGGAACCUCCAGAUUCAGAACAAAUGUAAGUUUUACUAAAAAUGAAUAAUCAAUUAAAACUGAAGGUGAACUGUUAACAUAAUACCCUUCUUGAAGGUUCCUAUGGUCACCUAGAUGGUCAAUAUAAACUUAAUAAUAAAUAAAUAGGAGGAUCCUGAACACUGGGUCUGAUCCAGCAAGGAUCUUUUUGCAUUCUUUAAAACAGAUUUCAGUGGUUUUUUUCCUUUUCAAUAACAGUUUGCCAUACGAAUCAUAUGGGUUUUUGAUUGAUGGCAGGAAGGCUGGAUAAAUUCACAACAAGCAACCAUGCAUGCGCCAAAAGACAAAGCUGUUCUGAAUUCCUGGCUUCAACUGAAUGUUGUUUCUUACACUCACUUGUUUUUCUCACAAGAAACACAGUUCACAGACAUCUGGGCAUUCAUACAGCCUCUCCCCUAAUGCAGAUCUGACAAAAAUUUGAUUGGUCAGAGAAUCUCAAGUUUGAUUAUUUCUGUACUUGGUGUGAUAGUCAAUCCAUCUGUAUCUGUGCCCCAUCUGAAAUUCUUUUCAUCAUCCAGAUAUUUCUCCAGUCUGCAAGAUUCUCCCAUGUGCAUCAUCUGGUGAGAAGCUAAGCUCACACUCUGGCUAAAGCUUUUUCCGCACUCCAGGCACUUAUAUGUUUCUUCCUCAAGGUGCAGCCUCUGAUGAUAUUUAAGGCUCCCUCCUUGAGAAAAACUCAUGGGACACUCAGAACAUUUGUAAGGCUUCUCCCCCGUGUGGAUUCUUUGAUGCCUUGUCAAGUCAGAAUUCUUAAUAAAGCCCUUUCCACACUCCAAGCAUGAAAAUGGCUUCUCCCCCGUGUGAAUGCGCUGAUGGGAGAUCAGGACCGAGCGCUGAGUAAAGCUCUUGCUGCACACAGAGCAUUUAAAUGGUUUCUCAUCCAUGUGGAUUCUCUGGUGCCUUGUGAGGUCUGUAUUUUUACUGAAGCUCCUCCCACACUCCAGGCAUUUAUAGGGUUCUUCUUCCAUGUGCAGCCUCUGAUGAUAUUUGAGGCUUCCUCCUUGAGAAAAACUCAUAGCGCACUCUGAACACUUGUAUGGUUUCUCUCCUGUGUGGAUUCUUUGAUGCCUCGUAAGGUCAGUUGUCUUACUGAAACUCUUUCCACACUCCAAGCAUGGAUAUGGUUUCUCCCCCGUAUGGAUUCUUUGAUGGGAAGUCAGAGCUGAGCUCUGGCUGAAGCUCUUUCCGCAUUCUGAGCAGGUGUAUGGCUUCUCUCCUGUGUGGAUUCUUAGAUGGGAAGUAAGAGCCGAGCUCUGGCUAAAGGUCUUUCCACACAAUGAGCAUUUAAAUGGUCUUUCUCCCGUGUGGAUUCUUUGAUGGGUCUUAAAGCUUGCUGUGGUGCUUAACUGCUUUCCGCACUCCAUGCAUUCAAAUGGUUUAUCAACCUUGUGCAUUCUCCAAUGAGCAUUCAGGCUGGAUUUAAAAUUGAAGCUUUUCCCACACACUGGGCACUGGCUCUUUUCCUUUGCUUGGCCUAACCGGCUUUGAGUUGAGAUUAAAUGGUGGUUGUUGCCUUGCCUGACACCAGAUUUCUUCCACUUGUGCAAUUUUGCUUCCGUUUCCUUUCCUGGUUGAUCUUCUUUUUUACAUCGAACUCCAUCCAAUAACUUUGUAGGGACCUCUCCUUCCUUCUUCCCUUCAUCACCUAAUGAGUCAAUAACACACAAAGAAGAUCAAAGCCAAAUUCACAGUCACCCAGUGCAAAGAGGCAGUAGGUUCAGAUUAGACAGCCAAAAGAAAGGGGCUUGUCACAUCACUCAUAAUAAACCUCUGACAUUUAACCUCACAAGAUUCGGGGAUGGUCCUUGGGUUUAUUUUGUUUUUUUAAUGAAAAAGAAAAGGAGCUUGAAGAAAAAAAUGCAGGUUAAAAUCUGUCCAGUAGCUGCUGUUGCAUACAACAGACCAUAAAUCUGUUUUGUGUUUAUACAUUUUUAUAACAUUAUUUUAUAUUUAAUGUUCAAAUGUUUUCAUUCUUUGAUAUUCACCAUCACAAGGACUCCAUUUGGGAGUAAAGGUGAGAUUGAAAUGUUUUAAAUAAAUUUAAAAAUAAAAAAGUUUAAGUAAAAA